CACUUCCGUUUCCAGGUCUUGCUUCCGGAAGUCGCUUCCCGAGGCGGUCUCUCUCGCUGUGUGGUCUUUGUGACUUCCACCAUGGCGUACCGCGGCCAGGGCCAGAAGGUGCAGAAGGUGAUGGUGCAGCCCAUCAACCUCAUCUUCAGAUACUUGCAAAAUAGGUCUCGGAUUCAGGUCUGGCUGUAUGAGCAAGUGAAUAUGCGGAUAGAGGGUUGUAUUAUUGGCUUUGAUGAGUACAUGAACCUCGUAUUAGAUGAUGCAGAAGAAAUUCACUCUAAAACAAAGUCACGGAAACAACUGGGUCGGAUCAUGCUGAAAGGAGACAAUAUUACUCUGCUCCAGAGUGUUUCCAACUAGAAACUGGCAAGCACUCGAGGAGAAGUUGAAGAGUUGAAGAGGACAUGUAGUGUUUUUAAAGGUGUCGCUGCUGGGAGCACAGUCCGAGAUUUAUUCAUGUUGUUUUAGUGGCCCUUAUGUUGUUAUCAGGUGACAAUAAAUGCUGUGAGGUUGUUUUUAUUACA